AUGAAGCUCUCAAAGCGGAAUAUGCAUAAGAAAUUAGCUAGAUAUGCCAAGAAAGCAAAGCUCGGAGAACAACCUAAUCCAACAAUAGAAAUAGAGACCAAUCCUAUCUUCGAUAUCAGUAACGAAAAGGAUG